UGAGACGCCUUGUCCCAUCCCCGCCUCCUACCGCUGCUCGCGGCGUGACCCGAGCCCGGAUCGGCCCCCUCGGGGAGGCGACGGCGGGGCUACAGCGGCAGCGCCGGUGCCACCGAGCAGUACCAGCGUGAGCACCGGCGGCAGCAGCAGCAGCAGCCCCGCUCCCACCUGCCCGUGACAGAGGCUGGAGCUGCGAGCGUCGCGGAGCGGCGUUUGGUGCCCGCGCUCCGGAGCCCCCGCGCCGCGGCCGUGCGGCGCCGCGUCCCGCUCGCCGAUGAGCGCCGCCGCUCUCUACAGCCUGGACUCGCCGGCAUGUUAUAAGAGCUGGUGCCUGGAGCCCGCCAACUUCUACGACGCCAAGGUGGGCAGCGGCGGCGGGCCGGGUCCCGCCUGCAAGCCGGGAGCCCGCGGCGGCUGCGGGAUGAGCGGCGAGGAGGCGGGGGGCGGCCUGGGGGGCAGCGGCACCAACCUGGCCGAGCUGAGCGCCGCCGCCCCGGCCAUGUACGAGGACGAGAGCGCCAUCGACUUCAGCUCCUACAUUGACUCCAUGUCUGCCGUGCCCAACCUGGAGCUCUGCAACGACGAGCUCUUCGCCGACCUCUUCAACAGCAACCACAAGCCCGAGCGGGGCGGGGAAUACGGCGAGUACUUGCCACCGGGCGGCGGCGCCGGCCGCGACCCCGCCAAGGACCUCGGCGCUGCCAUGACCACCCUGCUGGGCUCCGAGCCCCGCACCGCCUCCUCCUCCUCCUCCUCCUCUUCCUCCUCCUCCUUCUCCUCCCGCGGCGCUCUGAAGCAGGAGCCGGACUGGAGCGACAGCGACCUCUCCUCCUCGCUGCUGCCCUCGCAAAUCGCCACCUGCGCCCAGACCAUCAUGAACCUGAGCGGGCAGCCCACGCCGCCCACGUCCCCCGAGCCGCCGGGCAGCAGCUCCCCCUCCAGCUGCAGCACCCGCUCGCCGGGCCCCGCCGCCGCCGCCGUGCCCGGGCCGGCGCAGGGCGUCCCGCCGCCCGCCGCCGCCGGGGGCAAGGAGCGGGGCGGCAAGAAGUGCGUGGACAGGUUUAGCCCCGAGUACCGGCAGCGCCGGGAGCGCAACAACAUCGCCGUGCGCAAGAGCCGCGACAAGGCGAAGCGGCGCAACCAGGAGAUGCAGCAGAAGCUGCUGGAGCUUUCGGCCGAGAACGAGAAGCUGCACAAGAAGAUCGAGCAGCUCACCCGGGACUUGACCAGCCUCCGGCACUUCUUCAAGCAGCUGCCCAGCGCUUCUUUCCUGCAGCCCGGCUCGGGCACCGAUUGCCGGUAACCGGGGGGGAGCGGGACGGAGAGACGGACUCCGGGAGACGGUGGAUAAAUACCUCAGAGGGCCGUGCCGAGCCUUGCCGGGCCGUGCCGCGGCGCCCCGGGCCGGGCCGGGCGCGGCGUGAGGCGCGGAGCCGCGGCGGGACCUGCCGGCCCGCGGCCGCGCUCGGAAUGCGGCAGCGACGUGGAGCGAUGCCUGGGUCUUUCACCACGAAACUUGCGAAAAAGGGAAAAAAAGCUAAAUAUAUUAUUUUUUUUUCUUCUCUCCCCUUAAAUUAUUUUUGUAAUGGUAGUUUUCGUCUUUUCUACAUUUUACUCAUACCGAUGCAGCUAUGGUACAUCUGUUAAAAUGAUUCAAAAUCCCAUGUAUUUUAGACAGUAGGAUGGAAAAAAAAAAAAAAAAGACUGAGCAUGCUCAACCUUUUAUAUCAAUUUUUACAGCAUUUCUAAGAAUAAAGAAAAGCAUUUUAAAUCAA